AUGGCAUCGUCCGACCACGAACGACUCGCGAGUUCUGCUGCGCGCCCUUCGACUUCAGAGGAAGACGCGGGCGCGGGCGCGGGCGCGCUUGAGCCUAGGGGUGACCUCGAGAUAACCAUCGACGAGCGCAGCCGGGGCGAUUGGCGCAGUGUCAUCCUACGAGCCCGGAAGCACUUGCAUUGCGUCCCCCACACUCCGGGACGAUGCGCGGAGGUGGACUACUACGACUCGAUUUCCCCUCGUGUCAACAAAGCUACCUAUGAAGCCGGCGAUGGGAGCCGUGGCGAUGCCUCGUUCCCGGUCUUUCCGCAGCUGCCCAAGGAACUACGGGACAAGAUCCUCCUCCUCAGCGUCGACCCGCUCAUGAUCGAGGGCUGGGUCAGGGUAGACAGAGAAUGGAACCACGGCCCGCAGGUGCGCUUCUCGUCGGACGCGAUCCGCUCGUGGCGGGACGUACCACUCUACGCGGUCAGCCGGGAGACGCGGGCCCUCGCGUGCGGUGCCUUCGGCGCGCCGGACCCGCUCGGGUUCCCCUUCAGCCCCGCACGGGACGUGGUGAGCGUGAUCUGGGACGGGGGCACGCUGUGGGCGGGACACAGGUUCUUGGGGGAUGUGAGGGACGCGGGGCCCGUUAUCGCGAGCGGGACGACGAGGACUGGGAGGAGGGGGAGGGAGUGGGUGAUGCCGGAGGGUCUGAGGGCGCGGGUGAGGGAGGUUUCUGUCGAUGGGCUCUUUGGGGUGUUCGGGCAGGAGAAGAAGGGGAGGUGGGGGUUGGUGUUUGGGAUUUUGGGGUGGUUUGCGGAGCUGAGGGUGCUCGAGGUCUUGCUUUGGGAUGCGGAUGAUGGGAGGUUUGAGGGGGUGUGGGAUUGUGGUAGGGAGGAGCUGUAUAGGAUUGAUCAGCUUGAUUUCCUGGAUGAGUUGGAGGAGAUGGCCGGGGAUGGGGUGGUGCCUUUUCCCAAGAUGGAGAUGUUGAGGGUCAAGUGCGUGUUGGCUACUGAGGAGCAGAGGCGGAAGGGGAAGUUCACGUUUCGAAAGGUCAACGGUAGUCACUUUCUGGUGGUGAAGAAGGGUGAGUAUCCGACGGCCGGACCGUAA